ACCUAACCUAAAAAUAUUUUGUACUUGUUUUCCGUAAACGUUAUUGUGCAUUGCUGUAUAACUUUUUGAAUAAAUAUGGAUGAUACUCCAAGUACCAGCCGUCUUUCUUCUCCACCAAAAAGAUGGAAAUUGAUAAGUUUGGGUCAUUUAUCACUAAACGAAAAACAGAGUAUGAUAAAUUUGUAUAAACAAAUUUUAACUGAUCAACCAAAAAUCAAGUUUACUGCUAUCGUGUCUAAAAUUGUUACAACGAUGGGUAAGUUGUGGAAAAAUUACAUUUUUGUAUAAAAUUAACUUAAAACAUUUUUACUUUUCAACGAAAUCGACUGUAUAUCGUACGAUAAAAAAAUAUCGAAGUACGGGAACAGUUGUUAGUCCAAAAGAUUCUGGAAGUCGUCCAGGACUUGUUAAAGCAUUUGAUGAAACUAGUAAAAAUAUCAUUCGACGAAUUGUACAUAGUUUCUUUUUUAAAAACGAGAUCCUCACAUUGAACAAAAUUUUAAAUGCAAUUAAGAAAAAUACGGAUUUACAAAAUAUCUCUCGUUCAUCAUUAUACAAACUUAUGAAAGAAAUCAAUUUCAAGUCAGAAGGUAGACCAAUUUAUUAUUUAGAUGAAACCUGGCUAAAUGAAGGUCACACAAAAGCAAAAGUUUGGAUAAAUACAAAUAUCAAAAAUAAAAACCAAGCUUUAAAUGAAGGAUUAUAUACAGGUCUUAAAAGCCCAUCAGGAAAAGGUAAAUGUCUUAUAAUUCUUCAUGCUGGAUGUGAACAAGGAUUUGUUAAAGACACAUUACUCGUUUUUGAAAGUAAAAAAACUGGAGAUUGUCAUAAGGAUAUGAAUGGGACAGUGUUUGAACAAUGGUUUUCUAAAUUUCAAAAAAAAUUGCCAAAUGGUGCUGUAAUUGUAAUGGACAAUGCAUCCUACCAUAGCCGUCAAAUAGAAAAGGUUCCCACAACAUGUUCAUUGAAAAAAGAUAUGCAGGAUUGGUUACGAUUAAAAAAUAUAGAAUUUGAUAUGGGUAUGGUUCGAUCCGAACUUAUUUAUAUAAUAAAUCAAUAUAAAGAAAAAUUCAACACAUAUGUUACUGAUGAAAUGGCACAACAAAAUAAUAAAGUUUUGUUAAGAUUAUCGCCAUAUCACUGUGAAUUAAACCCUAUAGAAUUAGUUUGGGCUCAAGUAAAAAAUGAGGUGGCAGCCAAAAACGUUACGUUUAAAUUAAAAGAUGUAAAAGAGUUGUUGAUGGAAGCAUUGGAUAAUGUUAACAAUAUUAAUUGGCAAAAUUGUAUAUAUAUAUAUAUAUAUAUAUAUAUAUAUAUAUAUAUAUAUAUAUAUAUAUUUUGUUUUCCACAAAGGUAUAACUUUGGCAUAUAUAUGUUUGUUGAAUUUUAUACCGGCGGGUGUAAUUUGGACGCUAAUCAUCCUUCCUUACCUGUCUGACCAGGAAGGGUAGAUAAUCCGACAUGAAUUUUCAGCGCUAAGAAGUGCAGGUAGGUCGAGUCAUAAAAUAACCCAAUAGAGGGAAGUUGAUAGAUUUUUAAGUAGGUACUUAACAUAUUUUGAAAAUACCCAAUAGAUAGAGGGUUGACUAGUUUUCUUACCUAAGAUCAGAUUCAGUUGUUGUGUCGUAUAGGUACUUUACAUUAUUGAAAUGGCUCAAAUAGUGAAAAGUUCACGUGGUAAAACUCUUCUAAUCUUAGAAAAUUUUGCGUUUUUUAACGAUAAAGUUUUGAAACGUGGAGAAUUGUAUUGGAGGUGCGUGAAAAAGAAUGUAAAAUUUAUUAUUAUUUAUUUAAUGUUGGUCCUGAAUUUACAAUUUAGAGAAAAAAUUUAAAUCACAACCAUGAAGCAGACGAGAAGAAAUUAAAUAGGACAGUACUUUCAAAUUCUUGUAAACGCAAGGCAGAGGAUGAUAUAUCCGAAAAACCAUCGAAGAUUAUUCGCAGGGAAUUGAGUUUCAAUUUGCCACAGACCAUGACAACGACCGAUGUAGAAUAUGUACGAAGAAAUAUUUAUAAUUAUAGGCGCUAGUUGUUACCAGGACCACUACCUAAAAAUAUAACGGAAGUGUUUAGUGCAUUGGAAAAAUUAAAUCCUAAAACAGGAAAAGGUGAAUGCUUUUUGUACAUUGACUGUCCUGAACAUAAUAUUAUUGUAUUUUCUUGUGACAGUAACAUUCGUGUAAUAUGUGAUAUGAACAUUUUUUACAUGGACGGUACAUUUUCUUAUUCCGCAAAAUAUUUUUUACAAAUGUUUACCAUACACGGGUUUAAAAACGGUCAUUAUGUUCCACUUGCGUAUUGUUUACUACCUUCAAAAUCUACUGAUACAUAUAUCAAUUGAUUUUCUUUAUUAAGAUCUAAGAUGUUUAAUCAAUUUAAUGUGAGUUUCAAACCAAGCGAGGUGUAUGUGGAUUUCGAAAAAGCCAUACAUAACGCUCUAUAUUUUACAUGGCCAAAUAUAAAAAUAAAUGGUUGUAGAUUUCAUUUACACCAAGCAUGGUUUAGAAAAAUACAAGCUCUCGGUUUGACUUCGGAAUUCAAUAAUAGAGAUUCGGAAAUUGGAAGGUAGAUAAAACAUACAUUUGGAUUAACAUAUCCAAAUCCCGAUGAAGUGGAAGAUUGUUUUGUGUUUGACUUAAUGUGUUAUGAACCAGUAAAUGCAACUUUGGACAAAUGCGCCGAUUACUUAUUAGAUGUUUAUAUAGAUAAAGAUUCACAAUUCCCUCCUACUAUGUGGUCAGAUGGAAGUCCAUCAAUAUUUCACACAACUAAUGCAUGUGAGUCAUUUCACUCUAGAUUUAAUUCUUUACUUUAUUCGUCGCACCCUGCUAUAUACGUUUUUAUAGAAAAAUUGAAAGGUUUUCAGUAUUAUUAAGAACUAAGGUGAGAUUCGCAUAUAUUAUCUAUAAAUAUAUUUUUAUCAGUGCCAAACUUCAAAUUAUUUCUCAAUAAAAAAUGUUUGUUAACAUAAAUGAGGUACAGUUUAAUACCACAUACAUAAAAUAAAUAUUAAAGAAAUCUGAAUUUAAAAAAAUUUGAAACAAAACAAUACAUCCACUUUAUUUAUUUAUUACAACCUAAUAUUUAGCUUCGCAAAAGUUUAAGUACUUUUGUUGGAUAUAAUAAUUUUGUUAAAACGUUUUGUACAUUAUAAGUUAUUUUCGACAUAAGUUAACACAAAUACGUAGUUCUCCUGUAAUUGCAAAGUUGUCGAAUCAAACGCUAGUCCAUUCACCAUAUAAAUAUCUGCAAAGUUGCUAGUAGUUUCAACAUUGACGAAAUCUACCUUUGUUUCAUCAUUGGGCUUCGAAUUUAAACGUUUUAAUAACUUGAUCAAUCAAAUCCACAUCCUGCAACUCGCAUUUCUUAUAACCCUGGAAACUUCUUUCACUUAUUUUCUACCUCGCCAUCACUAUUGUUACGCUGUUAUUAUUAAUCUCUCAUAUAAAUAAAUAAAAAGCCGUGAGCAGCAGAGCUCCAUCACGAAAGUCGAAUUUUUCGUCGAAUGAAGAAUUUAACUAAUACACAAACACAUCUUUCCAUAAAAUGAAUUUCUUGAAAAUGAUAUCAAUUCUCAAUCUUAUUUCUUUAUAUGGAAAAUUUGCUACUCCUCAAUAAUUCUCUCGAAUGAAAAUUCAUAAUUUCAAUAGACCCGGAGGUCUCGAACCCUCUUGUUCAAUUCCAAUUGACAACAAAGAAAAAAUUGCCAUAAUGACAAGAAAUUUCGAAAAUGGAAAGUAAAAAAAAUCACCCCAGCAAAGAUCAUACUCGUAUUAUUCAUUAAAUAGGAGGUGGUCCAGUUCAACAAUUACAACGAUCAAAAUGAUUUCGGGCGUUUUGUGCUAGAAGAACUGAAGAAGAAAACUUUGAACUUGAGAAAGACAAUUCUUCAACAUCACCCCUACUUGCAUGCGAAGUUCGAACCCUCUAGUUAAACUUACUUUUUCUGGCCAAAAAAUAAGAAAAUAUAACAAAAAUGAUCAUAAAAUGGAGAGGGGUAGAGAUGGAAAGUUUCGACCUUAGACAGGAAAUCAUCUCGCAACUAAUUGAACCUAAUGUGAAAUUUUAUUUUUCAGUCGCUUUUCGUUAGACCUGCAGAGGUGAGCAAAGGUCAAAAACCACUUUUUUUGCACUGCGACCCCUCGAAAUAUUUUUCGACCAUAUAUAUAUAUGUAUAUACAUCC